CCCCGCGCGCCUCCCGCCCCCGAACCUUCCAGAACCUCACCGAGCUCUCUCCCCCUCCGGCAGCAGCUUCUUCCUUCCCUUCGGGAUGGCCGUAGUCGAGACCUCCGCCGACCACGUCGCCCCCGCCGCCUCCGACCACGGCGCCGCGCCGUACCGCGCCUCGUCGGAGGGGGGCGACGCGGGGGAGCGCGAGAUGCGGGAUCUGGAGGAGCUCCUCUCCAAGCUCAACCCCAUGGCGGAGGAGUUCGUCCCGCCUUCGCUCGCCGCGCACCCCAUGCCGCCGCCUCCCUACGCCGGCUACUACCCCAACGGCCCACCCGCUGCCGGCUUCGCGCCGGUCGCCUCGCCGGGCCACCGCGGGGUCGUCGGCUUCCCCGCCGCCGACGGCCGCGGCAGGAAGAAGUUCGGAGGGUACGGCGGCGGCUACCCCCACGGCGGCAAGCGGCGGGUCAACAGCCGCACCAGCCAGGCGCAGCGCGACGAGGUGAUCCGCCGGACGGUCUACGUCUCCGACAUCGAUCAUCAGGUCACCGAAGAGCAACUGGCAGCACUAUUUAUCAACGUAGGGCAGGUUGUGGACUGCCGCAUGUGUGGGGAUCCAAAUUCAGUUCUUCGUUUUGCUUUCAUAGAGUUUACUGAUGAGGAGGGUGCAAGGGCUGCUCUAAAUCUGUCAGGAACUGUGCUCGGAUAUUAUCCUGUGAGGGUUCUGCCAUCAAAAACUGCAAUUGCACCAGUCAAUCCAACGUUCCUGCCCAGGUCUGAUGAUGAGCGUGAGAUGUGUGCAAGGACCAUCUACUGCACAAACAUUGACAAGAAGGUCUCUCAGGCAGAUGUGAAACUGUUCUUCGAGUCAAUAUGUGGAGAGGUCUAUCGGCUGAGGUUGCUUGGGGACUACCAGCAUAAUACUCGCAUUGCCUUUGUGGAGUUUGUUAUGGCUGAAAGUGCUACAGCUGCUCUCAACUGCAGUGGUGUUAUACUGGGUUCCCUGCCAAUAAGGGUGAGUCCAUCUAAGACUCCCGUUCGUCCCCGUGCUCCUCGGCCAAUGAUGAACUAGAGUUGUAGGUACAGGAGGUGCCAAUGGCACUGCUUAUAUAUAGAGAGAUCGACAUAUGUGAAAGAGAAAUUAAGAUAUGUCUUUUCUUCUAAGUUAUCCGCUCGAGUGUCUUUUUAUUGUAUCGCCGGUAAGUAUCAAGACUCGAGCGGAGGAGGGGAAAGGAAAAAUUAGAAAUGGUUGGUCGGUGUUUACCUUUUGCACAUAGAGCUUCUUAGAAGCGGGCCUGUUGCUCUUGUCCUUGAUGCAGCAAGGCGAAACUCGUGAACUUUUGUCUUUGUUCAGUUGUUGGUGUCUUGUUUGCUACUACCUGGAAAGUUGCAGCAAGUCGUUUACCUGAAAAAUGAUGAGCACUUGCCAUUAUGCUGUGCCAAUUCUGUCGUGCC